AUAAUAGAAAAGGAAACAGAUUGCCCCAAGGCUGCUGUUUUCAUUUCCUCAUGGGAAGAAGAAGCAUAGCAGAGAAGAAAGGCAAACUCAAGGCAUUGAACCUCUGCUACCAUGGGGAACUGGGCUGUGAAUGAGGGCAUCUCCAUCUUUGUCAUUCUGAUAUGGCUGGGGAUGAACGUCUUCCUCUUUGUCUGGUACUACCGGGUUUAUGAUAUUCCAGAUAAGUUCUUUUACACUCGAAAACUUCUUGGGUCAGCGCUGGCCCUGGCCAGAGCCCCUGCAGCCUGCCUGAAUUUCAACUGCAUGCUGAUUCUGCUGCCUGUCUGUCGAAAUCUGCUCUCCUUCCUCAGGGGUUCCAGUGCGUGCUGCUCAACAAGAAUUCGGAGACAACUGGACAGGAACCUCACCUUUCAUAAAAUGGUGGCAUGGAUGAUUGCACUUCACACUGCAAUUCACACCAUUGCACAUCUAUUUAAUGUGGAGUGGUGUGUGAAUGCCCGAGUCAACAAUUCUGAUCCUUAUUCAAUAGCACUCUCUGACAUUGGAGAUAAGCCCGGUGAAACUUACCUCAAUUUUGUUCGACAGAGAAUCAAGAAUCCUGAAGGAGGCCUAUAUGUGGCGGUGACUCGGUUGGCAGGCAUCACCGGAGUCGUCAUUACACUGUGCCUGAUAUUAAUUAUCACAUCCUCCACCAAAACCAUCCGGAGGUCUUAUUUUGAAGUGUUUUGGUACACACACCAUCUCUUUGUGAUCUUCUUCAUUGGUCUCGCCAUCCAUGGAGCUGAGCGGAUUGUACGUGGGCAGACUAACGAGAGUUUGUUGAAACACCAACCAAGAAACUGUUAUCAAAACAUCUCACAGUGGGGAAAAAUAAAGAACUGCCCAAUCCCGGAGUUCUCUGGGAACCCUCCUAUGACUUGGAAAUGGAUAGUGGGUCCCAUGUUCCUGUAUCUCUGUGAGAGGUUGGUACGGUUUUGGCGAUCUCAACAGAAGGUGGUCAUCACCAAGGUGGUCACUCACCCUUUCAAAACCAUUGAGCUCCAGAUGAAGAAGAAGGGAUUCAAGAUGGAGGUGGGCCAAUACAUUUUCGUCAAGUGUCCCGUGGUGUCCAAGCUGGAGUGGCACCCUUUCACCCUGACCUCUGCCCCUGAGGAAGACUUCUUUAGCAUCCAUAUCCGCAUCGUGGGGGACUGGACAGAGGGACUCUUCAAAGCUUGUGGCUGUGAUAAGCAGGAGUUUCAAGAUGCCUGGAAACUACCAAAGAUAGCUGUUGAUGGGCCCUUUGGCACCGCAAGUGAGGACGUGUUCAGUUACGAGGUGGUGAUGUUAGUGGGAGCAGGGAUUGGGGUCACGCCCUUUGCAUCCAUCCUCAAGUCGGUCUGGUACAAAUAUUGCAAUAAAGCCCCAAAUCUGAGGCUCCAAAAGAUCUACUUCUACUGGCUGUGCCGGGACACACAUGCCUUUGAGUGGUUUGCAGACCUGCUGCAGCUGCUAGAAACCCAGAUGCAGGAGAAGAACAACUCGGGCUUCCUCAGCUACAACAUCUACCUCACUGGCUGGGAUGAGUCUCAGGCCAGUCACUUUGCUGUGCAUCAUGACGAGGAGAAAGAUGUAAUCACAGGCCUGAAACAAAAGACCUUGUAUGGACGACCCAACUGGGAUAACGAGUUCAAGACCAUUGGAAGUCAACACCCCAAUACCAGAAUAGGAGUCUUCCUCUGCGGACCGGAAGCCUUGGCUGACACCCUUAAUAAGCAGUGCAUCUCCAACUCCGACUCUGGCCCCAGGGGAGUGCAUUUCAUUUUCAACAAGGAAAACUUCUAACUGGUCCCUUCCAUGAGGAAAUAAGUGUGGGUUGUACCACUGAAUAACCAAGUAAUGCUAGUGGAUAAUAUAAGUUCCUUCCUUAAAAAAAAAAAAGAAAAAGGAACUAUGAAGUGAUGACUUUCCCUGAAAGGAAUGUCAAAGAUUUUUAAUGGUGAUAAAUUUGCAUUUGUAUUGAGCUUUGUGGUUUUCAGAGCAAUUAUAUAAACUUUUUUUUUUUCAUUUUUUUUCCCCUUCACAGUAAUGCCAGAGAAAGGUAGGGCGAAGAUUCUCAGACUCAGUUUUCAGGGUGAAAAAAAAAAAAGGUUCAAAAUGGUGAAGUAACCUCCCUAAGAUUAAAGCUGAGACUGGCUCUAGGCCAUCUGACUCUAGGUUUGGUGAUCUUUCAGCAAUAGCAGGUUGCCUGGGAAUUGGUUGGUAUACUCCCCCAAAGAAGAAGCAAACCAGGGAAUAAUUAUUCAUAUUCCCUUUUGUGUCAUCUUUGUUAUCAUUACUGUCCUAUUGAAGGAAAUUUUCCAAGUAGGAGGUAAUUUAUGCUGAGAGUGAUUCAUCACUUAAUAGUGACAACAUCCUCCAGUUUACCAAUAGAGCAGCCUAACUGGGUCAGAGAUUUCUCCUAAAAAAGAAUAUUACACUGACUGGAUGUAUGUAUGACCUACCAUUUACACUGGUGUUUGACAAAGAGUGGAUACUCAUUGAAAGUUAACUGAAUGAAUGAAUGAAAAAACAUUUAGAACCAUACAGUGCCAAGGUAGAAUCAACUGAAAGCCUUAAACAGUAUUAUCUGAGGAAAUCACUUCCGAUACUCUAGUUGACCAAACGAGCCUGAUUCUCUUAAGGGUACAGAACAGGCUAAGGUUAGUAACCAAUAGUUUGUCCUGUCCAAACACUCUUAUUUGAAGCAUUGCACCAAAGGGAGAUGAAGGCAGAGAAAUGAACUCCUCUCAUAACUCUGGCUGGCUCCUUUAGUCCUGCUCCUGAUGCUAUGAGAGAAAUGCAAACUAAUUUAUUGCCCAAAACAGUCCUCUCAGCCAGCACUUGUGAAUUUGAAAAUAAGAAUUGUGACAAAUAUGUAUCUGACAUCUGCUUUAAAUAGCAUCCACCCUUUGUUUUACUUAAAUACACAUGCAAAAUUGAUCUUGCUGGUGUAACUAAUGAUUUAUCCUUCUAUCAUCAUGAUCAUGAUAAAAUUUACAUCCCAGAAACUAAAAUCCCUAGCUUACUAUGUAGCUUUUGAAUUCAUAUCCAAUAGCAUAUUCUGGAUAUUCAUGAGUCCAAGAAUCUCUAAAUCACGGUUAAUGUAACUGCUCCUAUUUCUGGGAACUAAAAACAGCUUUAUUUGUUAUAUUCUCUGGGGCCACAGAUAUUUAGAAGUAGUCAACUUUAAUAAUGAGAAAGAAGGAGAAAGGAGCAGAGGGGAAGGGCAGAAGACCAGGUUAGGAGGAAAGGGGAGGGAAGGAGGGAGAGAAGAGAAGGAAAGUGAGAGAAAGCCAAAAAAAAAAAAAAAUGGGAAAAGGGAAGGGUAGGGGAAGGGGGUCACUUUCUACCCCAGAUUUCUUAAAGUCUUGUAUAUAUUGAAUGUAAUUGCAGGAGCCAUACACAUAUUCAUUUUAUUUUGAUCACAUAAGGUAUUGAAUCUGAAAUUCUGGCCACAAAUUUGAUGCUGAGUGGGCCUAUUCAGGGGACCGAGCUGAACUAGAAAGAACUCAGUUGUUCCAUUGGGUCCCCAGGAUGCCCAGGGCACUGAGGGCAUCAAGUCAGGCUUGCUUUGGGAAGGUCAUUUCCCCACGAUGUCCAGGACUGUUUCUUCAAAGAGAAACUUAGGUCCACCCCAUUCACACUGCACCUGAGGUAUCAGUUCAUUCAUUCAACAAAUUUGUAUUGUGCUAUUGCUAUGACUCAGGAUCCAUAUUUGUGGUUUCAUUUCUUUAUGACAAAGUGCGAGCCAGAAGGGGGACCAGGGUUACAGGGAGUCUGAGAAUCUGGGCCCUUGCUCCCUAUGUGGCAUAAGUAAAACCAACUUCAUUUGUUGCUCUGAAAAUAUUUCUCCAGGGUUUUCUAUUUUUGACACCCAGAGAGUUACGCCCUGUGUUAUCCUGGUUAUAAGAUGGAAAAUGAGUGUAAAUAUGCUUGUCAUUAUAAGAGCUUCCUUCCUGCUCCCCAGCCGCCGGCUGCCCAUGCAGCCUUUUUAGCAUUUAGUAUUUAGUAACAGUUACUGAGAGAACGAUUAAGCAUUAUUUUUAAUCUCAAAGCUAUGAAGGCGUUUCUUAUUUCUUUUGCUUUUGCAACAUUGUGUUUAUUAAAUUUGAAUAUUUGUAGAUGUUGUGUGUGAGUAGUUUGGGAGAGGGGGGCCCUGGGAGAUAAUUCUUGGGAAGAACUAUCAAAAUUGCACUCAAUUAUUAAAAUGAAUGAGCUCUC